AUGGUGGAGGAAUGCGGAUUAUUCUGCGGGAAUGUGCAGGAAUUCUCCCGGCAGCAUCACGGACCUAUAGGAGGUGUGGUCAGGCAGAGCAAAUUCCGGCACGUGUUCGCACAGGCCUGGAAGUCCGAGCACUGCAUCGACGAUGUCCGAGUGUCCCGGGUGACGUGGGACAGCUCCCUCUGUGCGGUCAACCCCAAGUUCAUCGCCGUUAUCAUAGAAGCAGGUGGAGGAGGAGCCUUCCUCGUCAGCGGCCGCAUUGACCAGUCCUCCCCCACGGUCUGCGGACAUGCUGCCCCGGUGCUGGACAUCCAGUGGUCCCCUCAUGACGACAACAUCAUUGCAAGUGCCUCAGAGGACUGCACAGUGAAGGCAGGUCAACGCUGCUGCCCACAUAGCACCCUCUUAUCAGUGGAGUGGGAAGCUGGUUUACUCAUCUCACCUCAGACCACAGAUGACCACAGACGAGUAUAUCGGGUGUGGCACAUCCCAGACGGGGGGCUCACCGGUCCAAUGACGGACGCCAUUUUGACCCUGGAGGGACACAGUAAACGGGUGGGAAUCCUGGCCUGGCACCCAAGCGCCUUCAACAUCCUUCUGACUGCAGGCUGUGACAACGUGAUCUGCGUGUGGAACGUGGGCACGGGGGAGCUGGUGUACCAGCUCGGCGACAUCCACCCGGACCUGAUCUACAGCGUGUGCUGGAACAAGGACGGCAGCGCCAUCUGCACCGUGUGCAAGGACAAGGCCCUGCGCGUGGUCGACCCCCGGAGGGGCUCCGUCCUCAAGGUCAGAGAGAAGGUGCACGAAGGCACGCGGCCCAUGAGAGCCGUGUUCCUGUCCGACGGGAAGAUCCUCACCACGGGCUUCAGCCGCAUGAGCGAGAGGCAGGUGUCUCUGUGGGACACGAAAGAUCUCUCCGAGCCGAUGGUCGUUCAAGAAAUGGACACCAGCAAUGGAGUCCUGCUCCCUUUUUAUGACCCGGACACGAACAUGGUCUACCUGGUUGGAAAGGGGGACUGCACCAUCCGAUAUUUUGAAGUGACGGACGAAUCUCCCUUCGUUCACUUCCUCAGUCUGUACAGCAGCAAAGAGCCCCAGAGAGGCGCCGGCUUUCUGUGUAAAAGAGGGCUAGAUGUCAACAAGUGCGAGAUUGCCAGGUUCUUUAAACUGCAUGAAAGGAAAGUGGAACCCAUUUCGAUGACCGUACCACGAAAGUCAGACCUGUUCCAGGGGGACCUGUACCCGGACACGGCGGGCCUGGAGCCGGCGCUGCUGGCCGACGAAUGGAUCGCGGGGCAGGACGCCCCCCCGCUGCUGGUGUCUCUGAGCGGCGGCUACACGGCUCCCCCGUCCAAACAGAGAGACACCCUCAGAGGCAAGCCCAAGCUGGCCUCUCAGGACUCGGGUGCCGGGGCCUCUCCGCCUACCGCGGGGAAUGCGCCUACCAAGGAGAUGGAGGAGGAAACGCCACAACAGCGAGCGGCUUCAAAAGAGACGGAUGGGACUGGCGAGAGGCCGAGGAGAGAGGAUGAGAUGCUGACCGAGCUGUUGGCAGAAAUGAAGGCGUUGCGGGCCGUGGUCCUGGCCCAGAACCAGAGGAUCGAGCUGCUGGAGAGGCAGCUGGCCCGGAUCGAAGACGGCGACGUAUGA